AUUGCCCAGGAUUGGCUGUUGGCCAGGCCAACAUGAAGAGCAAAGUGGGCCAAAAACGAAUUAAUCUAUUUCACUGCGACAGUAAAUCGCAAAAUUGUUUUUGAAAGUGAAAAAGUUGCCAAUUCAAUUGAUAGUAUUACAGCCAUGGAUACAGGACCACUAGCCAUGAUGUUCACCAGCCUGGGGUUAUUGGCGUUGGUGGUGUUGAUGUUUCUGCUCCUUGCCUGCCAUUGUAUGGGAUCAGGACGAGCAGCCAGCUGGAUGCGUAUGCGUUCCAGCAAGGAGGAGGAGAAGAUUGGACUGUCCAAGCACAAGCACAAGCUCUUCCAUGCCAAUGGUUAUAUGGCAAGUAUUCAGACCGGCUCCGAGUUUCUUUUGAGCACCAGUGGAAGCUUCAAGCGAUUCGACACCAUUGAUAAAGAGGAUUAUCAUCAGCGUUCCCAGCAAUUGUCAAAUGGGGGUAAUGGUUGUUUGCCACCCGAAACGAACACCACGAAGACCACUCCAUUGUGGAAUCUACCGCAGGCGGAUGCGGCUAUACCCCCGCAACCUUUGCGCCCUGCUCCUGCUCCGAAUAGUGCUGGUCCUGGAUCGAAAACUGUGACAUUCUCCUUUAGCAAUGAGAUACGGAACGGUGGAGGAGAAUUGCCACAACCGUUGGAGGCACCACCGGCAGCUCCAUUGCGUCUAUCUACAUCCGCCUCAAUUAUGCAAACGGGCACAGCCAUACCCCGACCACUGGCCAAGAGGCAGGUCUCUUUGCAGCAGGUCAUCGUUAGUCGGAAGCCCACGGAAGAGAACACGGAACAGUCCCAGCAGCCGGAGGAUGAACGACGAGUUCCGCCAAUUUUAAAGCGCCGCAAUUCCAGCACAAAUCCAUUUUUAUGCGAGUCCUUGGACUCAACUGCCACACCCACCACCCCGAAUCCAGCUCCUGCGACCUCACCUCCGUCACCACCUCAGCAGGACAAUGGAAAUCCUUUUGCGGAGACAACGAAUUCUCAACCUCCUACUAACCGCCUGUUCAAAUUGUCUGGAGCCUGCCCCUCGAAUCCCUUUACACGACUCAAGGGUCCGCAUUUGCUGCAGAAAACCAUCUCCGAGGAUUACCUCUUCCGCAAGCUGGGUGCUGGGAUCCAUGCCAAUGGCAAUGCCGCAAUCAGUGCAAAUGGCAAUAGCACAUGGUCCUUUGGUCGCUCUCUGCUCAGGCAGGAAUCGUCGAUCAGUUUGGGACUGGGUCGUCGCAAUAGCUCACAGAGCUCACUGGAUAGUGGUUCAUUGGAUGGCGGCUUGAAUUUGGGACGCGGCAUUUCCUGUGAUUCCGUCAAUUCCGACUCCUCAUUGUUUCUCGAUCAGCUCGAUCAGCCAUAUACACAAAUAACCGGAUAUCUCUGUGUGGGCCUUCAAUAUGAUAACCUAACCAACCACGGUCUGGAGCUAAUAGUCAGUGUUCUAGAGGCCAAGGGUCUCAUCUGUCCAUUCAGCGUGGAUUCGUUGGACACGUUCGUGCGCAUUUACCUGGUGCCCGAUCAUCCAGGUGCCAUGCAGACAAAGGUAGUGAAUGCCUCCCUCACACCCGCUUACAAUGAGAGCUUCAACUUCUGGUUGCAUAAAAAGCAGAUGAGGCAUUCUCUGUGGUUCCAUCUCUAUCACAAUGGACCCGCCCACACGCUGAUCGGUGAGGCGGAGAUGGAAAUCGGAGAGAUACCCAAACCCAUAACCACAUGGAUACCAUUGUCCGAUUCGAGGAAAUGCAACGCCCGCUGGGGUGAGCUUAUGUUCUCGCUCAGCUAUCUGCCCACAGCGGAACGUCUCACCAUUGUUGUGGUCAAGGGUCGCAAUUUAAAAAUGGAACUGGACACGGAUUCCGACUCAGAUGACACCAGACUGGUGCAGCAUAUUUUCGUAAAGGUCUAUUUGAUGAACAACGAGAAGAAGGUUCUGAAAAAGCGGACUUCAUUGAAGCGCAAGGAUCGCUGUCCCAUUUUCAAUGAGUCGAUGAUAUUCAGUGUGCCGCCUCAUAGUCUGACCACAGUGCAAUUGCGUCUCACCGUGUUUGGUGUGACUGAGAAUGGGAUAUUGCCGCUGGGCCAUGUCAUUGCCGGCAGCUGUGCUGUUGGCAAGGGUCUGCGGCACUGGCAUCAGAUGUUGUCCUCGUUGCGCAAACCGGUGGCCAUGUGGCACGUCCUGAGGCGUGCCAUCAAUCAGCCAAUUUUCACAGGCGGAGCCGAGGCUGUAGUGGCCGCUAUGCAAUCCACCCUAGAAAGGGCGAGUGCCAAGAGGAACAGCAUUGUCUAGAACCCCGAGAAACUCUAGUCGGCGGCGGAUCAGAGGAAGAUCUGUGCAUCUCAUUGACAGCAAUUUCACACUUUACUCAUUGAGGCGUUUAAUUUUGGCUAAACCCUUUCUUCCCUUUCCCCAAAAAACACAAAUCAACCGAAUUAUUUUCGGCACUAAAAAAGAUAUUUUCAAACCGAAAAUAACCUUGUUAAUAUCCUUAGUUGAUCAACAUGCUAAGGUUUUCCGAUUCACCAAAACUCCAACAUAGAAAUCCACUAAUUGAUUUCUAAGAUUUGUAUCUCUUUUGAAUCGAGUAGGACCGAAUUGGAAUACCCACACAAUAUGUUGGCAACACUGGACACAUAAAUAUCGUUUAUUAUUUUAUAUUAUUAUUUAAUCAUCUCCCAAAGUCUAGGAUAGUUUGAGUAAUUCAAUCAAACCAAAUGAAAUCGAAUUGCAUUUUAAAUGAAACCCUAUAAAUUGCAUUUACUAUGGCUAACAUGAAAAACUUUUAUUACUUUUCUACUCUUUCUCCUAACAAAAAAAAACCUAAAAACUCACAUGAUGGGAAAAUUCUAUA